AUGGGAAAGUUGGUUGAUUUGGGUUCUGAAAUGGGUAAUUCGGGAUUUAUGGUAAGAAAUAAAUGGUGUAGCAGGUGCAAUCAUCCCUUACCCCCUAUAGAAAUUCGCGGAAGUACUCUUCAUAAGGUUGUUCCAAGAAAAAAGCAAAAUGAAGAUAACAAUACUACCCACAAAAGCUUCAAUCACUUACAGCUAGCUGCUUCAGCACCAUCAAUCUGUCUAGCUAGAAUAUUAAUUCACCCAUACUGCAUAUAUACUAAGAGUGUCCACAAAAAUGUCGAAGCAGCUGCUCUUUCUCUCAUCAUUAUUACUUCUACUGAUCUUCCUUUGCUGCCCACAGUUUUUGCUCCGUCUCCAGCACAAGCUCCAGUUUCUCAGUCUCCACUGCCAGCAGCACAAGCUCUAGUUACUCAGUCUCCACUGCCAGCAGCAAAAGCUCCAGUUGCUUCGUCUAUUGUGCCACCUCUAGCACCAUCAGGUCCACCCAACUUCACUGUAAUCCUUGAGCAGGCCCAUCACUUCACUACAUUGAUUAGGCUGCUAAAGAGCACCAGGUUGGAUAACGAAAUUUACGUAAAGCUCAAUGACUCAAGUCAAAGCCUAACCAUGUUUGCCCCAACUAAUAAUGCCUUCGGUAACCUUAAAAAAGGUAUUCUCAACUCAUAUAGUGAUCAGCAAAAGUUUUAGCUGAUAAAAUUCCGUCUCAUCCCUUUUUUCCUUUCACUCCCUGCAUUUCAAACUCAGUAAUCCAAUGAACACAGAGGCCGGUAGUAAUGACUAGUACCCGAUAAAUAUAACCACCGUGGGAAAUCAGGUGAACAUAUUAACUGGGAUCGUUGACACAACAAUAUCCGACACAAUUUAUUCUGAUAACCAGCUAGCGGUAUAUCAGGUGGACCUGGUGCUCCUUCCAUUACAAAUCUCUAUCUUUGCAUUGUUCGCACACCAAACAAAUAAAUAAAUGUUGAAGUAUUACUCAAGA